AUGUCCGCAAUUAGCGGGUUGAUGGUCGGUACCCAGUACUUCCAAGCUGGCGAUGCUCCAUUCUAUCAAACAGGCCUGCGCACGAUGAUCAUCAUGGUGUCGGUGGGUAUUGUUUUCGCUUCGCUUCAAAUCGUGAUCUAUACAGUCCACAAUAGGAGAAUAGCCCAGGGCAAGCAUAGAGACGGGAAGGGAGCUCCGAUUGUAUAUACCAUAUAG